GCCAUUGAAUAGCAUGGAAUUAAACCUUCUUCAGUGUAUAUGUUUUGUGGGUGGACCACAGGACAGGGACGGACUAAGAGUGAACUAACGAAUGUUUUGAUGAAGUGGUUUUGAUAUUUGAUCAUUGUUGAUUAUCACGUAAUAUCUUCUUAUAAUUAUUGUGACCCAUUUAAACCGCAAAAGACUCAUUAAUUUCUUGUAUUCCAAAGGAAUACCAUGCAAGACGAUAUCUCAUACGAGAAACUUGCUAUUCAGUGUGGUCCACGUUCAACAUCUUAUCGGCAAAAAGAUUUGAAUAAACAUGUGGGGCGAAAGCAUUUAGGUAAGCCUUUUAUAUUUGCCAAUCAACAUCUCGGACCGAGUAAAGAUAACAUGGCCACGCAAGACGACUGUUGAAAUAUAGAAAGAUAAAGCCGCAAAUUUCCUUUGCAUUUUUCAUGUGUUGUGCAACGAUUUCGGGAAAAAAAUUCGCUACGGAUAGCCUUCUAGUCUAGUAGAGUAUAUUUCAACAGUUGUCUUGCGUGGCCAUGUUACCUUUACUUGGGCCCAGAUCUCUCCAUAGCUUUGCAAAUCACAACACUUUACAUGCGGUAUUCAGAAUGCAUUGGCAUUGAACUGGAGAGAAGACAUUGUUUUACUAUCACUGCCUUGCGUGGUGCAGUUCAAUGUACACACAGUACUAAUCAGAAGCAUUCAAAUGCUUAUGUAGGCUUGUCAGAAUUUGGACGACUAUGAAUGUGAUUUGACAGAAAGAAAUUAGGUAAACUGUACUGUUAACUUUAUAACCUCUUCACUUUUUCUAUGCUCUUCACAAGGGGACUUCCAAUUCAUUGACACUUCUAUUGACCAAUAUGCCAACAUACUUUUGCUCAUCUGUAAGUAUGAUGUUGUUGCAUUUUAGACUGGUUAGUAUGACCCCCCAGACUUCUUAAGAGUCUGCCUCAAAAUGCUAUCUUCCAAACUGAUAACCAUAAGCAAAUGUCUUAACUUCUUAUUAUUGAAAAUGUUUAAUACCACAGAUUUAUUAAUACAACAUCUGGAAAAAUACCUGUGUUAAACGCCCCUAUUGGCCAUCAGGCCAUAAAUGGUUGGGCAGGCAGUGACAAGUGCUCAGAAGUCAGAAGCAUCAUAUACAUGUAUCUUAGAAUAACUUUUCACACUUGUCUGAUUUGAGCUAGCUGUCAAUCUACUAUGAGCAAGUGUACAGCUACAGGGUAACAACAUUCUAAUAACAUUAGCAUUUAUUAGCAGCUCUAGACUCUUUACUACUCAAUAUGCUGUGCUGUAAUAUAAACACACUCCUUUGUCAGUAUAUUGAAAUUAAAAUAUCUCUAACACCAUACUUUAUAUCAAAACACCUUUUUCAACUGUUGUGAUAAUAUUUUUUAUUUUUGUUCCCCCUAGGUAUAACCAAUAAGUGUGAACUGUGUAAUAAGAGAUGCUCAAGUCAAUACUCACUUCUCAGGCACUACCAACAAAUUCAUCAAAUUGAUGCCAUUGAAUUCAAGGUAGCUGAUAAUGAAGAACUUAAUUAUUGUAAAUUUUGUGACAGAACCUAUAAAUAUAGAAAGGAUUUGUAUAAACACAUACGAUUAAAACACAUUUUGUUCUUUCAUCUUUCUCAUGAAUCAUCUGGCAAUGGUCCUGAACCACAUUAGUAAUAUAACUCGAGAAAAGCGAUGAAGUUAGAGUCAAUCAGAUGCAGACAGUGCUCAGUGUGCCACUCCAAUAAGUAAUGGUAAAGUUAAAACACCAACAGGUGGAAGUGAUAAAAAAGAUAAGAUGCUUUGUCAUGUUUGCUCAGAAGGAUUCCGUACAAAGUUCAUCUUGACUCGACAUUUAAAGGAGAUGCAUGGUGAAGUUCUACCAAUCACCUCAUCAGGUGUGUGUCCUCUGUGUGAUGUUGAUGUUAAGAAUGGUGAUAACAUCCUUGCUCACUUGGAAAAGGCACAUCAGGUCACGGUUGAAUCAGAGAAACUGUACUUCAAAUCAAUUGAAGAUUUUGAGCAGUGGCGGGAACAUAUAUGUAUUGAUAGCUUGAAUCACUUCGCUAAAGCUCGCGGAGUUGAUAACGUUAAGGAUGGGCAGCGCAUGUACUUGAAUUGCCAUUACUCUGGAAAGCAACGAGAUCGAGGUAGUGGUAUACGGCAACGGAAUUCUGACAGGAUUUGUAAAAGAGGAAAAGUUUGUCCAGCUCGCCUUGUCGUGACCUGUACUUCUGAGGGGGUAGAAGUAAUUUAUUAUAAGACUCACGUUGGUCAUAGCAAUGACGUAAAAUGUUUGAGGCUUACUCGUACUGAAAAGGAACAAAUAGCUAAUCUGUUGUUAAAUGAUAUUCCCCAUCAGAAGAUUAUCGAAGAAAUGAGGAAGAGUAUGCCUCCUUCAAGAAGGGGUGCAGUGAAAAUGCAAGAUUUAUAUAAUAUUCGAAGAGAUUUCAACAUAGAUUGCGCGAAAGUGAUAAUGAGGACCCAUGACCUGAGUUUAGAUAUUAGCAAAGAUAUGGUACACUCUAUACAACCAAACAUAUGGAAAGUAACAUCAAAUAAUGGAGAAUAUACUGUAGUUUUUUCUACCAAAGCCAAAUGUCAGGGAUGCCAUCUUUUAUGUUGGGUAUGUGACGUGUGUGUUCAUCAAUUUUCUUGCACCUGCAAUGAUAAUUUGGUCAAAGGUGGUUUCUGUGAGCACAUACAUGCUUGUGCACGUCUUCAGAAGUUGAAAGUUUUUAUUGAAACGAAUGCUGAACCAGCAAAUGGAGAAGACCACAUAUAUUGUAUAACUCAGGAAAUUGUACCAGAAGAACAAAAGGUUGAAAAUUCGACUGAUAGUCGAUAUAAAUUGUCUUUUCUAUUAAACGCUUCACUUGGAAUCAUCUCGGCGCUUGAUCAUGAGGGCUGUGAAAAAGCUCUUCCUAUUGUCAAGAAGUGUAUUGAUGAUAUUAUGCUAUUGAAACGAAAGCAAAUAGCAGUUGAAAUUGAGCGUAGUGAUCAUAAUUAUAGUAGACCAACUGAAUCUGAAUAAGAACAUGUUUGUGUUCCUAAACUUUGAUUUCAGGCAAUUAGGAUUAUCAUACUUUUUUUUAUAUACUCCAACUACCACAAAGGUCUAAGGCCUAAACACCUAUUGGGUACCGUGGGGCUAUACUGCAUAUUUUAACCUAUCAGGCUAUUCGUCACAUUCGCUACCAUUCUAUUCACCCUAUACAGCGCUAAUCUCCAGCUGCUGAGAGCUACCGUAUGCAACAAUAUUAUUUUCUUUCAUGUAUUCUGUUCUUCAUUAAAGAAAAGAUGAAAUUUAUUUCUAAGAAUGAAGAUUUCAUUUAUUGUUUUUUUUACAAUUGGCAAGAUAUAGAAUGCAAAAGGCUGAUUUACAUUCUGUUGUAUUUUUUUGUCAGUUGUUAAGUUUCUGAAGUGAGUCGUUUUGAGGUUGUUUUGCGUACAUACAUAAAAAAUUAUGUUUUCCUGUUUGAAUAAAAUUGUUCAAAA